AUUGCGAUCAUCUCUCCAUUAUUCAACCUCACAUCAAUUAAUUUCCAGAAGUUUUGAGAACUAGAUAUUCAUCAUGUUUGCCAGACAAGCAUUCCGAUCGGCUCAGCCAUUGAGAUCUGUAAGCAUUCUCAGCUAUUCUAAGCUCUACAGAAGUUACCAAGCUCCCCCACCACAGAUGUGCCUGCGCAUUGGAGACGACAACCUCAAUUGACUUUGCAACUCUUCAUAUUCGACCAGAAGCUAACUUCAUACGCUAUGCAUACAGCAAUACCGCCGAUAUGCGACAGAAGCACCCAAGAGCAGCUCUAAUUCAAUCCUUUACGGUGGUGUAGCUACCGCCCUAGCUGCAGGCGCAUACUACUUCCUCAAUAAAGACGACGCUACCAAGAUCAAAACCGCUGCGAAGGAUGCUGAGGCGAAAGUCAAGAGUGCCACUGUAGGCGCUACCGCAAAAGCUGCGUUUACUGGAGGUGAUCAAGGCUUCAUUGGGUUGAGACUCGAGAGCGUUGAGAACAUCAACCACAACACCAAGAAGUUGCGCUUCGCAUUACCUGAGGAUGACCAGGUCAGCGGGUUGAAGGUUGCCUCUGCACUUGUCACCAAGUACAAGGGUCCAGACAUGGAGAAGCCUGUCAUCAGACCAUAUACGCCCACCAGCGAUGAAGGUUGGUAGCUGCCGGGUUCCACCGAGAAAUACGAGAAGUUCUAAUCGAGAGUGUAGGUGAGACAGGAUAUCUCGACUUGAUCGUCAAGAAAUACAAGGGCGGCCCAAUGUCUUCGCACAUGCACGACAUGGUUCCCGGUCAAGAACUUCAAUUCAAAGGCCCCAUCCCCAAGUACCCAUGGGAAGCGAACAAGCACAAGCACAUCGCAUUGAUCGCUGGUGGAACUGGUAUUACCCCCAUGUAUCAACUCGCCCGCGGCAUUUUCAACAACCCAGACGACCAGACGAAGGUGACACUGGUAUUCGCGAACGUCACAGAGGAAGACAUUCUGUUGAAGAAGGAAUUCGAACACCUGGAAAACACAUACCCUCAACGUUUCCGCUCAUUCUACGUUCUCGAUACGCCACCAAAGGGAUGGGUUGGGUCGGAAGGACGGAUUACAAAGGAGUUGUUGAAGACUGUGCUGCCGGAGCCAAAGUCAGAGAACAUCAAGAUCUUUGUUUGCGGGCCGCCACCGAUGUACAAGGCUAUCUCAGGUGUAAAGGUAUCGCCUUCGAACCAGGGAGAGCUUGAUGGAAGUAUUCUUGAGCAACUUGGAUACACCAAGGAUCAAGUUUUCAAGUUCUAGAUGCAGAUUAGAGUGAACUAGAGAUCAA